UACAAGUCCAAAGAUAAACUUGACUUGACGUAAGGUGGGCUCGAGGUUAGGAAAAAUAUACUACAUUUUGUUUUCGUGUGUUUCAAAUGUGCAGCAAGGACCCAAGCUCUGACACGUCACCCCUGCGCCAAACAGGACAGUUCCAUCUGCUGCGCACAGAGACCAGCCCCAGUUACGCGCAUCUGGAGAACGGUGAGGAUUAGUGAAGUGGAGUGUUUUUAAAAAAAGAAAAACAAUCAUAACAAACGUAUCUACGUUGUCUGCGUAAAGACUGGACAACCUGAGGCACCUAGAACGGACCGUGGCGGAUUAUUACGACAGAGCAUUGAGAAGUCAAUGGGCUGGUCCCUCUAUAAAAAGGGGACGCGCCCACUUCUCUGCUCUGUCUCAGAACAAGUCAAGAUGAGCUACGGAUCUGAAGUCUUCUCCUCUUCCUCCUACCGGAGAAUUUUUGGCGAUUCUCCGCGUUACGCUUCCUCUCCUUCGCGGACAACCAUGAGCGCAUCUCCUCGUGGAAGUUACCGUUCCUCCUCUCUGUCCAGGAGCAACGUUCCAUCUCUGGGCUCCUACAGCAAGAAGUCCGGGCGCUCCUUCUCUUCACCGAUGCCGCUGGAGACCUUCGACCUGGCCCAGAGCAGCGUGCUCAACAAUGAGUUCAAAAUCAUCCGCACCAAUGAAAAAGAACAAAUGCAAGGUCUCAACGACCGCUUCGCGAUGUUCAUCGAGAAGGUGCGCAACUUGGAGCAAAGCAACAAAGUGUUGGAGACGGAGCUGGUGGCGCUGCGGCAGAGGCAGAGCGAACCGUCCCGUUUGGCUGAAUUGUACCAACAGGAGAUCCGAGAACUGCGCUCCCAGCUGGAAGAACUGAACGGAGAGAAGUCCCAGCUCCUGAUCGAAAGAGAUAACAUCGAAGACGACCUGCAGAAACUCAGGGGGAAAUAUGAAGAGGAGUUCCGUGCCCGGGAGGAGGCGGAGGCCACCCUCAAGGCUUUCAAGAAAGACGUGGAUGAUGCUACCAUGGUGCGUCUGGACCUGGAGAAGAAGGUGGAAUCCCUCUUGGAUGAGAUUAACUUCCUUAGAAAGGUGCAUGAAGAAGAGGUAGCCGAGCUCACAGACAUGAUCCAAGCAGCCCAGGUGUCUGUGGAGAUGGAGAUGUCCAAGCCGGACCUGACCUCCGCCCUAAAGGAGAUCCGCGGCCAGUAUGAGUCCAUGGCGUCCAAGAACCUGCAGUCUGCCGAGGAGUGGUACAAGACCAAGUUUGCGGACCUUUCCGAGCAGGCCAACCGGAGCACUGAGGUGAUCCGGGCUAGCAGGGAAGAAAUGAAUGAAUUCAGGAGGCAGCUGCAGUCCAAGACCAUCGAGAUCGAGAGUCUGAGGGGAACCAACGAGUCUCUGGAUAAGCAGCUGCGCGAGAUGGAGGACAGGCACAUGGUGGAGAUUAGCAACUACCAGGAGAGCAUGGCUGAGCUGGAGAAUGAACUUAGGUCCACAAAGAACGAGAUGGCUCGUCACCUCAGGGAGUACCAGGACCUGCUGAAUGUCAAAAUGGCUCUGGAUAUCGAAAUUGCAGCCUACAGGAAACUUCUUGAAGGAGAGGAGACUCGCAUUGGCACAGGCAUGACCUACUCUGCCCCCUCCAUAACUGCUGGGGCUGGGCAAGGCUACGGCUACCAGACCCGCAUCUACAGCAGCUCUAGCAAAGGUUCCAAGAAGGAGGGGAAGGAAGAAGACCAGCAGCAGGAGAGCAAAUCUGGAGGCAAAAUGUCCCACCGUGAAGUUUACGAGGAGACAGUGGUCACCACUAAAAAGAUAGAGAAGCAACCAGACGCCAGUGAUAACACCACCAAUCAGAAAAACUAAAAUCCCGUUUCUAAAACCGAAAACCUCCCGUUAUCCCAUUAGCCUAACCUCUACAUUCAUUACUGCCCUAAAACAAACCUAGCUAAGGUCUCUGAGUAGUUUCUAAGUGAGAUGGUAGGAGUCUCUUAAAUCAGGAGUACAGUCACUGGGUUCUGGGUUUGUUUUAUGUUGUUCUAUCAUUCUAUUUCUCCUCACAUGCGUUCCCUUAAUCAGUGGUCCUCAACCCCCUGGCCAAUUGGUACUGGACCACAGACAAAAAAAUGCAUAACUUACAUUACCGGAUUUUCGGAUUUAACAUGAAAAGAAUAACAGGUACUUCUAUGACUAACAUACUAUCAGCACAUAGAGUUUGAUACUGUAGACCAUGAAGCACUUUUAUCACAUAAGAUGAUCUUAACACAUAUAGAAUUCAAUGUCUGCACAGAAAACAGGUGUCUGCCGUGCAAAGAUAACAAGACAGGAAGUGAGUGAACGUUGUAGAAUUAUAGGAUCCUGGCCAAAAUGAACAUCAUCAUAUAAUGACAGUGCAAUAACUGAGCCAUAAUUCAUGAUGCCGUCAGUAAGACUGGAGCUUCAAAAAACCAAGUGUCUCCUCCUAUCCUCCUUUCCUCCUGCACAAUGAUCACAGCCAACGAGCCACUGUUUGAAUGAGUUACACUAUAGGGGUCAGUUUACCUGCAGCUACUUUAAAGCUUUUUUAAAUGGGAUGACUUGUAGUGACGGAGCACAAUUUGCAUGGUGAAUGUAGAAUUCCAUUGUUUGCAUGGUUUCAAAUGGUCCGUCAAUCCAUCCAUCCAUCCAUCCAUCCAUCCAGCCACACUUCCCUUGAUAUUAGAGGUUGGCCUAUGCCAUUGCCAUGGGACUGUUAAGCUGUAAAUGGUAGAGUUGGCAGGAAUGUCUUACAAGAGUCACGUCCACAGUCACUAGUCUUUCCCUGUUCCUUCGAUUCAGAUAUUCAGAGUUUUGGCCAGUAAACACGUACCUGAUAGGUGGCAGUGUUGCAAUGUAAAGUGCAUUAGCUUCAAUUAAACACAAAAACAGGGGCAUUGUGUUAGCAGAGGGU